CCUUCUUCCUCCGCUUCUACAUUUUCUUAUAUCGUCAUCCCUGCACCGCAAGCAACCGGAUCCCUCGAUCACACCUCGACCAGGCGCCAAAUUAAUCAUGGACUUGUCCUGGAUUAAAAUGAUCACGCAACAUAAACAUCGAGCGAUGCACUUAAGCGAUCUAAUCAAAUCAUUCAACCGUAAGAAGCAAAUAGACAUGCCAGGAGAUACGCCUUUGUCGCGAUGCCUCUCGACUCUGGACCUCACGUCCCUCGGGAUUGGCUCGACGCUCGGCGUCGGCGUCUACGUGCUCGCCGGCUCCGUCGCUAAAACCAUCGCCGGCCCCGCCGUCAUCAUCUCAUUUUUGAUCGCCGCGAUAGCCUCGUUAUUCGCAGGCUUAUGUUAUGCGGAAUUUGGCGCUCGAGUUCCGAGGGCCGGUUCGGCUUACAUCUACAGCUACGUGACAAUAGGGGAGUUCGUAGCCUUCCUCAUCGGCUGGACGCUCAUACUUGAGUACGUCAUCGGCUCGGCGAGCGUCGUCCGCGGCCUCAGCACUUACGUCGACGCGCUCUUCAACAACUCCAUGAGGAACGCCUUCGAGUCCGCUGCCCCGAUCGACGUCUCCUAUUUAUCCUCCUAUCCGGACUUCUUCGCCUUCGGCGUUACACUCCUAUUUUCCGCUGCUCUAGCGUUAGGAGCCAAAGAAUCAUCAGUAGCAAAUAGUCUUUUUACAUUAACGAAUCUUUCUGUUGUUUUGUUCGUCAUCACGGCGGGAGCUUUUAGAUCUGAUAUGAAGAAUUGGAAUCUCCAGCCCAAUUGCACGGAUAAUAAUUGUCCUUAUGGGACCGGAGGGUUCAUGCCCUACGGUAUAUCCGGCGUAUUUACCGGCGCAGCUACGUGUUUCUAUGGAUUCAUUGGUUUUGAUUGUAUUGCGACAACAGCCGAAGAGGCCAAAAAUCCACAAAAAAGUAUUCCCAUGGCAAUUUUAAUAUCGCUUACAGUAGUAUUUUUCGCUUACUUUGGAGUGUCCGCAAUUGUAACGACCGUCUUACCGUAUUAUGAGCAAAAUUCUGACGCACCUUUUCCGUACAUGUUCGAUCGUAUAGGAUGGAAUUGGGCUCGAUAUCUUAUUACCGUUGGAGCUAUCUGUGGAUUAUGCUCGAGGUUUNNNGGCGCACUCUUCCCCUUGCCUCGAGUAAUUUAUGCUAUGGCAUCCGAUGGUCUAAUAUUCAGAUGGAUGGGAGCGAUAAAUCCUCGAUUUCAUACCCCACUCAUGGGCACACUUUCAUCUGGUCUACUAACAGGAGUUUUAGCAGCAGUUUUUGAACUUAGUCAACUUGUCAAUAUGAUGAGUAUUGGUACUCUUUUAGCUUACUCUAUCGUCGCAGCUUGUGUACUUGUAUUAAGGUAUGAAGAAAACAAAUCUUAUGAGAAAAAAGAUGAUAAUGAGUCAUAUUCAAUUUCCUUAAUAAUGAAACAGCUCAUUAACAUAAAAAAACUAAAAUACUCAACAAAGCUCACAUCACAAAUAGUAACGUAUUUAGUCUGUUGUUACUUCAUAUUAUGUAUAUGUUUGACAUCGAUAAUCUCGGUUUACUCAGAAGAAAUUAUAACUGGCAAUUUACUGUUUCUAUUACCAGUCAUAUUGCUUACGUUUAUGUUAAUAUUGUCUUUACUUUUUAUAUAUUUACAACCAAGCGGAGAUAAAAAACUUAGUUUUAUGGUUCCACUUGUUCCCUUUAUUCCUGCGUUAAGUAUAUUAAUUAACAUUUAUUUAAUAAUGGUACUGGAUAUUAUGACGUGGAUAAGAUUUGGAGUUUGGAUGAUAAUAGGCUUAGGUAUAUAUUUCGGUUAUGGAGUAUGGAAUAGCACAAUCAGGACAAAUGCUGAAAUACUUACAUUGACUUAAAUAACAUUUACAUUUAAUUUUACAGUAUAAAAAUAAAACAGUAUUUUCAUAAAUGCACAAAC